AAAGUCUGACCAUGGAAGAGAUGAAGCAGUACAUACAAGAGCAGAUGGAGAAGGCCCGAGAGGAAUUGAAAGUACCUUCUGCCGUGAUCAGGAAGUUUUGUCGAGAAAAUUCAAGCUAUACCUGGAUACGUCUCAGGAUACGGAAGUUAAACAGAAAGAUCAUUAAACUCGGGAUGUCAUCACAGGACAGUGUGAAGAGAGCCGUGAUAGAGAAAGCUAGGCAGAUAACCAAUGGCUAUGCGGUUGAGAAAGCACACCUGAAGGCUGAUAUCAUGAGGGGAAUGAAGAAGGAAAGGGAGAAUAAUGGUUGUACUAGCUCCCGGCCUGUUGACAACAAUAGCAACGAAGCUGGUCCUUCUGGCACCUGAAACAUCUGGGGAUCUCAUCGUCCGAUAGUUACACUACAUUCUAAUUUAUGUCGAUCACCUAAUAAUUUGUAUUUCAAACAAAUAUCGAUGUGUGUAUAGUAAUACAAAAUAGGACUGUACCUCAAUAACUCUUGUAAUA